AUGCUUGCACUCCUCGACAUCUUCGACGAAGCGAUGACUUACCUCUUUCACCAGAUCCCUCACUUCUCCGGCCUUAUGGCCUUCCAACCUCUUCAUCCCAUCAUGACGUCUCGCUCCGCUGCCACGGGUGGGAACGUCCUCGGUAUUGGACCUGAGGAUGGAUACGUCGUGAAUGCGGACCCGAAUAUGCAGUGGGCGGGGGCGGAAAAUGAUGUUUUGGUCAAGGAAGUGUGGGAAAAAGCGUUCGCGGAGCGGCAACGGUUGGCUGAGGAGCAUGGGGUUGCUACCGACUGGUUGUAUUUGAACUAUGCGGAGAAGUGGCAGGAUCCUAUCAAGGGUUAUGGCAAGGACAAUGUCGAGUUCAUGAGGAAAGUGAGUAGGAAGUAUGAUCCGAAAGGUGUCUUUCAGCGUCAGCUUUCUGGUGGGUUCAAGCUGUGGAAUCAUGGAGGUAGUUCUUGA